AUGAAACUCCAAGACAGGAUACUCUACGGAUCAAAUCUAAAACGUGCAGCUCAAAACAUUUUCAACAAAAGAGAAGGAUACAACGAAUCUUUCUUAGACUCCCUGCCUAUAAUGCGUGGGAUAUCACGUGACUUUAGGCCAAUAAUCUGUCAGAACAGUACAACUUACAGCAGCAAAAGUAAAGUGUCCGUUAUAAUCAACUAUCACAACGAGUUGUUGUCUCUGUUAUUACGGUCGGUGUACAGUGUUCUAGCAUCAAUCUCACCUCACAACUUACACGAACUGAUCCUUAUUGACGAUGGUAGUGAUCUAACUGCUUAUAAGUAUGCCAUCUGCAAAACAACAACUCUCAAAUAUAAAACACGGCGGUGGUAUAAGACCCAACACUUUACCAACAUUUCUCACAAUCUCCAGGAUCUAACGGAGGUAGAAUCUCUGGCAUUGGGUUUUGAUAGGUACAUGAAUUGGAUGUUUAUAUAUCAAGAGAGUCCAAAAGACGGCAGAAACUUCAGAUCACCAGCUAUCAUGGGAGGUGCAUUUGUUGUGAAGAAGAAAUUUCUAGAAGAAAUAGAUUACUUUGGUAUGUGUAUGGAGGGUUGGGGUCAAGAGAACAUAGAAUUGUCACUGAAAACAUGGUUUUGUGGUGGAGAGGUUCUGUUUGUAACGUGCUCCCGUGUUCUCCACUUUGCAGCAAACCGCACACCAUCGAGGCACGGAGACCGGAUUAAACCAGCUGAGUUCUGGCAUAAUCAGGGGAUUGUUGUUAAAUCUUACUUUCCGAGCGAUAUUUAUGAGGAGUUUGAUCGUGUGCACAAUAUUGACAAGGAUUUGGAACGAUAUGUAAUAAACCAGUUAUAG